UCAGUCGUGGCGCUUUUAGUCGGUCAGGGCGUUGUUAUUUAGUUCCGAACAGGGGUUUGUUUCGUUAAUCUUUUCUUACAGCACUACCUCAAUUACAAACAGACGAUAGUGACGAUUAGAUUCAACGGAAGAGUCGCAAUGCGGUGCCAGCCGCUGCGUGUAGCGGUUGUGUGCUCGAGUAACCAGAACCGCAGUAUGGAAGCGCACAAUAUCCUCAGCAAACGAGGAUUUGAUGUGCGUUCAUUUGGGACAGGGACUCACGUGAAGCUACCCGGUCCGGCCCCGGAUAAGCCAAAUGUGUACGACUUCAAAACAACAUAUGAACAGAUGUACAACGACUUGGUCCGCAAGGACAAGGAACUAUACACACAGAACGGCAUCCUACACAUGCUGGACCGCAACAAGCGCAUCAAAGCAAAGCCAGAGCGCUUUCAGAACUGCAGGGAGAAGUUUGACCUGGUCAUCACCUGCGAGGAGAGGGUUUAUGACCAAGUGCUGGAGGAUCUGAACUCCAGAGAGCAGGAGACUUUACAGCCUGUUCACGUCAUCAAUGUAGAUAUUCAGGAUAACCAUGAGGAAGCCACUUUGGGGGCCUUCUUAAUCUGUGAGCUGUGUCAAUGUAUCCAACACACUGACGACAUGGAGAAUGAAAUUGAUGAGCUCCUACAAGAGUUUGAGGACAAGAGCAGUAGACCUUUUCUUCAUACCGUCUGCUUCUACUGACAUGCAAUGGGAAUCUGCAAUAGACCCUAUACCACAUGAUAAGCAAUCAAACUGUAUACAGACAUGGCCACUGGAGUCAUCCUCUGUCCUUACGCACAGAUGCUGUGUGCCUGCACACACAGCUUUAGGCCAGGACCUAACAAAUGGUUGCUGUUGGACAUGGUGGUGACUGUCCCCUGCCGCCAUGCUGAGGAUGCUCUUGAUGCUGUCCUCACUAUGCCUUUAUUCCUCACAUAAACUUCAGACUGAGGUCUUCACUCCAACUCAGUCCAGUCAGAUCGCUUGCACACCCCUCCUUUGGAAGAGCCAC